AUGCUAUGCUAUGGUGUGGAUGCUUACAAAUAUCAAAACUUUCCUCGUUAUUUUAUACUUUCGAGAUUAAGGAGGCAUGAACCAUGGCCCACUCAAGCCCAGCAAGAAGACCUCGAGCCCACCAAGCGACUCCCUCGUAAGCCAGUUAACUGCCAUCGAGCUAUUCCGGUCGACGUAAAGACGAGCUCCAGCUCGAUCAAGGACCAGGUCGGCACUGCGAAGAAAGACGAAGUCAAAGAAGAUCUCCUUCAAAUCCGGUCUGGUCCGAGAUCACCGGGAUCGUUAGCUGCACGUGGCGAGAUACGCGGAGGUGGAUCGUAG